AUGACGGCAGGAAAGCGAGGUAGAGACGAUGAUUCCGACUCUGACUUGGACGAAGACCGUUAUCUCAAAAAAUCUCGUGCAGGCUACGAGUCCAGAUUCGACUAUGCAGCCCACGCAGCCAACAAAUUCCCCUCAUCUGCAAACCUGCCUUACCGGCCGUCAUUCAGCCCAUCGCCUCCCAGGAAUUAUCUGGACAAUGGAUCUUUAACACCAGCCUAUUCAGAGCAUGGUGGGGUAGCAGACUCACCAGGCGCAAAUGUUGGUGGGCCCGUACUGCACUCACGAUCAAGCGGCAUGGACUUCGAGAUGGACAUGGAUGAAGACGACAGUGAUGUUCCAAGCCAGCCGGCAGGAUCGCCUGCCUUGGGCACAUCCAACAUUUUCAUGCGUCCCGCCAUGCUAAGACCUUCGCUGUUUAAUUCGGAUUCGUCCAAUAACACAGGAAGACUCCCAACACCAAUACAUCCAACAUUUAAAAGAGGUGGGAUGAAUGGCGGAUAUCCCAUGGCAGGCUCCAUCGAAGCCAUGAACCCUUCGAGUAGCAUCAUGAGUUCGCACAUUCUUUCAUCCCAACAGUCACCAGCAUGGAAAGGACAAAGACAAGAAGUGGAUAGCGAUCGGAAUCGACGUAUGCCCUCGCCCAUAUCCGAGGAUGAAGACAUACCAGAUACCCCCACGGCAUUUACGCAAUCCCAACUCUCCCGUCUAAGCGUCAGCAACGCCAACUCGGCAGAUCAAAUGGACACGGAACCCACCUCAGCAUCACUCGGCCUACCGCCCACCCCGCGCGGCCGGAAGCGAAGUGGCGCGUUGACAGGCGUCGGACGCUUCAGCAUGGGCUAUCGAGAUGAUUGUGAAAAGUGCAGACAGAGGGUUCCAGGGCACUAUUCGCACUUUAUUACAUGA